UCUAGGAGGAAGUUGUCGGGCGAGUUUGCAGGUGAGGGAGGGAACCGAACAGGUGGGAAAAACGUGCUUGCUCAUCGUUAAUCAGCAUGAGUCAGCUCUGUUGACACACACACACACACACACACACACACACACACACACACACACACACACACACACACACAGCUCGCUCAGUUUGGCGGUGAGUGGAGAAAAGGGGGAAUCGAACCCACGGGCGUGGAGUCCACCUGCACAGAUGUCCGGCACGUACACGUACGCGUCCACGGCGCACUGCGCGCACCUGCUGCGCCGCCUGGACGAGCUGCGGCGGCGGGGCGCGCUCUGUGACGUCACCGUGCGGGUGGAGGGCCGCGCCUUCCUCGCCCACCGCGCCGUGCUGGCCUCGUGCGGCGACUACUUCGCGCAUGCGCUCCACGGACACGUCGACGUCGUCACGCUGCCGCCCGAGGUAACGGUUAGUGGGUUCGAGCCCCUGCUGAAGUUCGCCUACACGUCUGAGCUCAUCUUCAGCAAAGACGACAUCUUGGAAAUCCGCAACUCGGCGUCCAUCCUGGGAUUCCAAGACCUGGACGCGGCCUGUUUCGACUUCCUGCUCCCCAAGUUCUGCCGCUCCAGCGCCGAGUCAGCGCCGCCGUCCCGCCGGAAGACUUGCUGCCAGGAGACGGACAAGACACCCCCGUCCAAGGAGGACUCGGGCGCUGGUAUAGACCUCAAACCUGCCUGCGAUGCACCGGGAGCGUCUCAGACCAGGACAUGCGGUCCAGGGUUUACACCGGGACCGAAGAACGCCGAGAUCCAAGUGGCUCGCGGCAAAAGUCCGAGGUCAAGCAGCCAACAUGGCUCCGGUGGACGAGGUGACCUGCAGACCGGACCGCAGGUUCAAGUCCAGAAUGAAGUGAAGAUGGAGGAGGCGACCCAUCACCCGGUUGGUGACCUAGACCAAGGACCAGGAACCAGCUUCUCUGGCGGUUCUGCCGCGGGACCAGAAGAUGCAGAGACCCCGAAUCCGGACCAAGACGAGGCCAGACCUUGGGAGGCAGGCUCCGCCCUGUCCGAGAGCGAGGGAGCGUCCCUGUACUCGGGCGAGGACGGCGACUCGGAGACGGACGGGGACAGCGAGGCGUACGCCAGGGAGCGGGCCAGACAGGUACAGCUGCCCGUCUCGCUGGAUGCCGUGCUCACUCUGAGCAGGACAGACCUGCAGCAGCUGCUGAAGCGACAGGUCUUCACGCGCCAACAGCUGGACCUGAUCCACGAAGUCAGGCGGCGCUCCAAGAACCGUCUGGCCGCACGCCGCUGUCGCCAGAGGAAGCUGGAGUGCAUCUCCAACCUGCAGAGGGAAAUACUGCAGCUGAAGUGCGAGCGUGACAAGCUUCAGACGGAGAAAACCCACCUGUGCCAACUCCAGCUGACCACGCGUCACAGCGUGGACGUGCUGAGUCAGCGAGUCUGCAGAGACGCACACCUGCAGCCCCAGCAGCUCCAGGUGUUAGCCAGGUACUCUCCCCCCGACUGUCCCCUCGUCCACCUGGACUCCCCCGCCAGGCCCGCACCGUCGGGUCUGGACGGUGCCGCGUCAUCGGAGGCCUGCGGGGACGCCACGUCGCUUGGAUGACUCUCAUGCAUUUACUUCUCGCUUUCUGUUCACCGUGGACAAUUUAAUUCAAUGCAGGAUUUUUAAUACUUUGGAAAAAUAAACACAACUCAGGGUCGUUUUUUUGAGGAUUUCCAAAGUUGUUUACGACUACACGCUUAUGACCUGUGUGAGGUUGCGCCUCUGCCAAAAAUCAACUUGUUCAUUCAUAACCUAAAAGGAAUAAAUUGCGAACAUAAAAAUGUUACAAAAACAAAAAAUUAUAAAUAAAAUAAUAUUUAUAUUAUAUAUUUUUUGAAAUUAUUUAAAUAUUCAUCAUUAAUAUAUAAUAUUGAUUAUAAUAUGAAUUUAUUAUUUGUUUUUUAUCAUCAAUUGUACUAUGAUCAAUAAUAGUAACAAAUAUUGAAUAAAUAAUAAAAGGUUAAUAUAAAAGUCAUAAAAAAGUACUUUUGUGAACUAAUGAAGAGUGUUUCGUUGUGUAAAUAUUCCUAUUCAAAGAUCGUCAUUAGUGUCGGCUGGACUCUCACUAGUUUGUCAAAACGCCAACGAGUCUAUGAAUAAGACCGCUGUGAUGCUGCUGCCCUCUAGCGGCGCCACCCGAGCACUGCAAGGACUUGUCGACCAAAGACGUUUUUUCGAUUUUUUUUUCUUCUUUCUUCUCAAGAAUUAAAAAAAAAAGAUGAAAUAUGUUUUUUUCUUCAUGCAGCGGAAACGUCUUUUUGUCUUUGAGUGACCAAUUAAAGCAAUAAAAAUCAUUCAACGUAAA